AUGUCCAACCCAAGCGAAACCACCUUGGGAGCACCUGAGCCCAAGGGACCUACGGGUAUCUUGCGCAACGCCUCCCAUCACCAACACCAACAAGAAACCGUCAUCCCCCUCGGCAACGAAAAGGACGAUGACGUCGACACCGAUGAUCACUCAGAGACCGGCACCUACGAAGACGCCAUUAGCGGCCGCUGGGGCGAGGGCCCCUCCCGUGUGAACGUCAUUGGUGCCGAGAAGGACUUCAAGAAGCUGGAGCGUCAGCUCACCAGGCGCUCCUCGAUCUACCGCACUCAAACCGGCGAGAAGGCCUCUGGCGACAAUGGCGACUUUGAUUUGACCGAUUAUCUGCAGGACAUCAUUCCCCGCGCUGAUGAUGCUGGCAUCAAGCGCCGCCACCUCGGAGUCGUCUGGGAGAACCUCGAGGUCUUGGGCGAGGGUGUUGGUGCCCAGUACAUCAAGACGUUUGCUGACCCCUUCAUCGGUCUCUCCAACCUCAUCAACCCUUACUUCUGGGCCAAGAAGGCCUUCUCCAAGGGUCAAUCUGCUCCCAAGACCAUUACCAAGACCAUCCUCCAUCCCAUGAACGGAUACUGCAAGGACGGCGAGAUGAUCCUCGUUCUCGGUCGUCCAGGUGCUGGAUGCUCCACUCUCCUUCGCGUCCUCGCCAACGACCGCAAGAACUACAAGAGUGUCUCGGGUGAAGUCACCUACGGACCCUUCAAUGCCCACGAGAUUGCUGAGCACCACCGCGGUGAAGUUUUGUACAACCAAGAAGAUGACUUCCAUUAUCCCACCUUGACUGUGCGCCAGACUUUGACGACUGCUUUAAAGACUAAGACCCCUGGCAAGCGUCUGCCUGAGCAGUCCCAAAAGAAGCAGUUCGUUAACGAGUUCUUGGAUGUCCUCACUAAGAUGUACGGUCUGACCAAGCAGGUCGAGACUGUCGUCGGUAACGCCUUUAUCCGUGGUAUCUCUGGAGGAGAGCGCAAGCGCCUUUCGAUUGCCGAGCAGAUGGCCACCCGCUCCUCCAUCAACAUGUGGGACGGUUCCACUCGAGGUCUUGAUGCUUCCUCGGCUCUUGACUAUGUCAAGUCCCUUCGUGUCAUGACCAACCUGAUGAAAAAGGCCACCAUGGUCUCCAUCUACCAGGCUUCCGAGAACAUCUACGAUCUCUUUGACAAGACUCUUCUUCUUUACGAGGGUCGCUGCAUUUACUUUGGUCCCGCCAACGAGGCUCGUCAGUACUUCAUCGACCUCGGUUUCGAGUGCCCCGCUCGUCAGACCACCGCCGAUUUCUUGACCGCUGUCACCGAUCCUCACGAGCGCAAGGCUCGCAGCGGUUUCGAGGGUCGUGUUCCCCACACUCCCAAACAGUUCGAGGACGUCUUCAAGGCCUCGGCUUUUUACACAUCGGUCGAGAGUCACCGUAUUACUUACCAGGACUCUGUCAAGGAGGACAUCCCCAUCGAGCAAUUCAAGGAGGCUGCCAAGCAGGUCAAGCAGAAGCACGUCUCUGUGAAGAACCCCUACACUAUUUCUUUUGCUGGCCAGGUCAAGACCCUGACCGUGCGCCAGGUCCAGCUCACUCGUGGAGACAUGAGCUCGGUCAUUUCCCGUUAUGCCUCUAAUGUUAUCAAAGCUAUCAUUGUCGGAUCCGUGUUCUUUAAGCUGAAGACAGACGCAAGUGGAACCUUUACUCGCGGAGGUGUUCUCUUCUUUUCUCUGCUCUUCAACGCCCUGAUCUCUCAAGCUGAGUUGCCUAUGGCUAUGCAAGGUCGCCCGAUCUUGUACAAGCACAAGAACUUUGCCAUGUACCGUCCCUCUGCCUUCGCCAUUGCCCAGAUCUGUGUCGAUAUUCCUCUCAUUAUCGUCCAGAUUAUCCUCUUUGCUGUCGUACUCUACUUCAUGUCCGGCUUGCAGCUCGAGGCAGGCAAAUGGUUCUUCUUCUGCUUCAUCCUGUUCUUAACAGCCAUGUGCAUGACGGCCUUCUUCCGCAUGUGGGCUGCCGUUUCUGCUACCUUCGACGCGGCUUCUCGCAACUCUGGUCUGAUUCUCUUGGCCUUGAUCUUGUAUUCUGGCUACAUGAUUCCGUAUCAGUCCAUGCACCCUUGGUUCAUCUGGAUCUUCUGGAUCAAUCCUCUGGCCUAUGCUUUCAAGGCUCUGAUCUCAAAUGAAAUGCGUGGACUCAAGUUUGACUGCGCUGGUCCUACCAUGGUUCCUCACGGCCCCACUUACACCGAUGUCCAGUACCAGGUCUGCUCUCUCGCCGGUUCCAAGCCUGGUUUGACCGAGGUCGACGGUUCUGAUUAUCUUUAUGCUGCCUACCGCUACAAGACAUCGGAUAUGUGGUAUGAUGUCCUUGCCGUCUUCCUGUUUUGGUUGCUCUUUGUCUCUAUUACCUGCCUUGCUCUGGAGAAGAUUGAGUUCGGUAAGGGAGGUUUCUCCACCAACAUCUUCAAGAAGGGUUCUGUAAUCGUCGAGAACAAGCCCGAGGAUGAGGAGUCUCGCCCCGCUGCUUCCGUUUCGACUGACAACUCUGGUAUCGAACUCGAGAUGGCCAAGGGAUCCGUCUUUGCCUGGGAGAACCUCGACUAUGUUGUUCCCUAUAAGUCUGAUCCCUCGGGCAAGAAGCAGUUGCUGACUGGUAUCGCUGGUCUCGUCAAGCCCGGAACGAUGACCGCUCUUAUGGGAUCCUCCGGUGCUGGAAAGACCACUCUUCUGGAUGUUCUCGCCCAGCGCAAGAACACUGGUACGGUCACGGGCCAGAUCGAGGUCGAUGGCGAGCCCCUUCGCCGUGAUUUCCAGCGUACGACCGGAUACUGCGAGCAGCUUGAUGUCCACGUCCCCGAGUGCACUGUCAGAGAGGCCCUUCGCUUCUCUGCCCACCUGCGUCAGCCUGCCGAUGUCCCUGAGGAGGAGAAGAACGCCUAUGUCGAGGAGAUCAUCCACAUUCUCGAGAUGGAGAACAUUGCUGAUGCCUUGGUCGGUACCACUGAAUCUGGCCUCGGUAUCUCUGUCGAGGAGCGCAAGCGUCUCACCAUCGGUGUUGAACUGGUCGCCAAGCCCAAGCUACUCUUCUUGGACGAGCCUACCUCCGGUUUGGAUGCCCAGGCCUCGUACAACAUCAUGCGUUUCAUGCGCAAGUUGACCGAUCAGGGUCAGGCUAUUCUCUGCACUAUCCAUCAGCCUUCGUCGCAGUUGUUCGCCUUCUUUGACGAUUUGCUCCUCUUGGCCAAGGGCGGAAAGACUGUCUUCUUUGGUGAGCUCGGACACGAUUCCCAGGACUUGAUCAACUACUUUGAGAAGAACGGCGCUCCCAAGUGCGCCUCUGAUGCCAACCCCGCUGAAUACAUUCUCGACGUCGUCAAUGCCCGCCACUCUGACCUCAACUGGCCUGAGAUCUGGGCUGCUUCGCCUGAAAAGAGCAACUUGCUUGCCAACAUCAAGACCACUCGCAAGUCUAGCGCUGUCGUCACCUCAAACGAGGGUCUCGAGUACGCCACCCCCACUAGGAUGCAGCUUAAGUAUGUCUUCCAGCGCAUGUCCAGGACCUACUGGCGUCUGCCCCAGUACAACUUUGGUCGUGUCUUCAUGAUGAUCAUCUUUGCGCUCCUGAACGGUUUCUCUUUCUACAAGCUUGGUGCUACCAAGGUCGAUCUUCAAUCCCGUGUCUUCGUCAUUUUCCAGAUCAUGGUCAUGGCUGCCCUUCUCGUCAACAUGGUCCAGCCUCGAUUCCACAUGGAGCGUCAGUGGUUCUACCGCGAGUUUGCCGGUAAAUAUUACGGUUGGAAGCCCUUUGCCGUGUCAAUCAUGGUCAUUGAGAUUCCAUACGUUAUUCUCUCGGCCACGGUCUUCUUUGCCGUCUUCUACUGGACUGUUGGCUUUGUCUCGGACUCGGCCUUGACCUUCUUUACCUGGUUGAUGAUUGUUCUCUUCUGUUUGUUCGCCGUCACCCUUGGUCAGCUCAUUGCUGCACUCACGCCUUCGACGACCGUCGCUGCCCUUCUGAACCCCUUCAUCUUCUCGUCGCUCAACCUGUUCUGCGGUGUCAUGAUUGCCAAGGACCAGAUGCCCAAGUUCUGGUCCUCGUGGAUGUACUGGCUCGAUCCUUACCACUACGUCAUCGAGGGCCUUGUCUCGGCUCAGCUUCACGACGUCCCAGUUCACUGCGCCAGCGACGAGUUCUCGAUCUUUAAUGUGCCUGCUGGACAGACCUGUGCUUCUUAUGCUGCAGCCUUUAUGGAGAAGGCUGUCGGAUACAUCAACAACCCUAACGAUACCUCGAACUGCCAGUACUGCCAGUAUGAGUACGGUCAAGACUUCUACGGCGCCCUCAGCAUGGACUUUAGCCACCGCUGGAGAAACGUUGGCAUCCUGUGCGUCUACCUCGCCUUUAACAUCAUCAUGCUCAUGGUUGCGAUCCGCUUUGUCCGUUGGGAUCGUCGCUAA